UUUGCUUUUUCGCCGGCAAUAAAUGAAUACUUUAUAAUACAGUAAAUACUCACUUUUAAACCUGUUGGAGAUUUACUGAGGUACUUUGCUCUGUGGGCAGGGCCAUGUGACAUUGCCUUGGAGCAGGACAGAGAAUUUGACCAAUGAUUGUUUGAGACAGAUGAGGAGGCGUGGCUUGGUGUCGCGUGACAGGUAAUACACCCCGUUCUGAACACCUGCAGGUCAGAGAUGAUCGCACGCUACACUGCUGCAGAUGUCAGUGAUGUAAUGGCAACGGACAGUGGUUGUUAGUGUGUGUGUGUGUGUGUGUGUGUGCACACAGCCUUCUUCCUAGAGAGACAGAGACAAACAAGGGACAAAACGGAAACCAAAGAUUAGAGUGAAAGAAGGGAUCACUGAGACUUCACAUCACCCUGCUGGUUAGAGAUACAGAGAUGGAGUUAAUCCCCGGAGAAGUGAGUGGAAACACAGAAGAUGUCACAGGGAGGAAGAAGUCAAGGUUCAGGUUCCUCAAAGUUCGUCUUUUUGGGCGUCUGAAGAAAAAGGAGACUGAAGGACGAAUGAAGCAGAGCCAGUCUACUGGUGAUGUUACUGCACAGGAGGUUGGCAGAGGCACGGAUGACUCAGAGGAUGAUUCUCAAUAUCCAGAGGGGCCAUUAAGCUCCAGGGCAUUGUCUCAUGACAGCAUCUUCUUGGCUGAUCAGGUUCAGUCCUCACAGCCAACGCGGGUUCUCUCACAGGAGAAUGUUCACAGCAAGAUUAAAGCUCUGCAGUUGAAGCUACAGCAACAGAACAUGCGCCUGGCUCCUCCAUUGUUGAUUACUGGAAAGCGAAUGGAAGACUCUGGAGCAACUUCUGAGGAUGAUGGCUUACCUUGUAGUCCUCCUGAAAUGUCCUUCCAAGAGGUAGUCACACAAAGAGGAGCUUCUAAGUGUCCUGAGGCUAAAAAUCAUCUCAGCUGGUUAAGUUUAGCAGGAACAGGCAGUGAAGAGGAAGAGCAGGGUGGUUUCUCACAACCUUCAUCAAGACCCCUUUCUCCAGUCCCCCAACUAUCGCCAGCGGCAUCGCCAUCUCCUGGUGUGGAUUUCACAAACCCCACACAGUAUGUUUCCUUCUUAGACAAUUCAGCUGCUCGUCAUCGCAUGUCCGUCAAGCCCAGGAAUCAAAGACCUAGCACCAAAGGAAAAAAUAAACCCAAUCUGUACCAUCCCCGGUCCAGCAGCAUGAACAGCCUGGAUCAGCCACUUUCAGAGAAAGACGAGGCACAGCAAAGUGUCACAUCUACACAGAUCGUAGACCAUUACUCCUUCACCUUUGAAUAUUCAACCCAAGCUGAGGAAUCUGUAACACUUCCUUCCAGUGAACACUUACAGGAUGAACCAGUGACACCGUUGGAUAACAGCACAUGGAGUCCAUUAAACAGCAGUAGCGAAGCUACAGAGCCAUUCCAACAUGAGGACAGAACCAGCACCAUUUCAUCUGUUUCCUGUGAUGAGAUUACAGCCCUGCAUGCCUCAAACCACAUCAGAGAAUCUCUGGCAAAAGAAACUUCACAUGAUAACCAAUACACAAAUAAAAUCGAUGUUAAUGAAGAACAUCAGGCCAGUAAUCCUUUAAUACAUCUGUCCACUUCUCCAGUGGGCAUAGCAAGUGAUUAUAACAUUAUAAAAGAAAGAACUGGUGAUAGUUUGGCAGCAGGUAGCAUAGAUCAAAUGGAGUCAUUGAAAACCACCAUAGAUGUAGAUGUUUCUAAACCAGCAGAAACCAUCACUAGGCCCCAUCCUGUUCCUGCACCACGUACAAAAAAGCCAACCUUAUCAAAUGUAAAUAAUGGCCCUCCUAAAGUAUCAAGUGUGAAACCUACUGAAGCUGAAAAGGAGACCGUACCAUCUUCAGACCUGGCUGAAUCAUCCAGACAAGAUGAUAAACAACUAAGACCCAGCUCAUUUCGUUUUAACAUUGCAUCUGCGAAAUAUCGCUCCAAGACAAGUGAUGAGAAAGUCACUAAACAUGAUGAAGAAAGCUCUGGUUACACACAGAAGGGCCAAUCCUACAACCAGAACCUGGUAGUACAAAUGGAAAAAGUGGAAAACACAAAAUCCACUGAGGUUUGCAAAAAUACUCCGUCAGUUCCAGAUAAAAGAAGCAGUUUGCAGAGGGAAGUAAUAAGCCAAAAUGUCUCCAAGACUGGAGUAGGUGACAAUCCUGAGAAGUCUGAAGGAUACUCACAGAACACUGAACAUCUAAAAAGUGAGAACGCUGAGGAAUCCGAGGACAAACGAGGUCUUUUUGGGGUUAAGCUGCGAAGUACAUCUCUGUGUCUAAAGUAUCGAUCUGAGUUACCCAAAUCAGAGGCCGAAAUGAGUCUGGAAGGCCAUCAGUUUCUAGCAGUAAAGGAACCAGUUUCCAGUGACGUGGAAGCAGUCAGUAAUGACAGAAAAGCAAAUGCUCUAACAAAUCCUGCCCCACCGAGCUUGGAUUCACAACAAGAUCCAACUUUAGAAAAAGGCAGUGAAACUGACAGCAGACCUGAACUAGCACGGAGGAGUCUUGCCCGAGAAAAGACUAGAGUCCACCAGUCCUUCACUAAACCACCUAUUCAGCCAGCUCCACCACCAAAUUCAACAGCUUUAACUACACCUCAAUCCUCCUCCACUCAACAACUUUCAAAACCAUCCCUACAGCCUAAACCAUCCUUGCCACCCACCAGCAAACCCCAACCAGUCAACCAAUCAUCACAUCAAAUUCCACCCAAAACAGCUCCAAGGGAAGUGGAAAGACGGAGCAAUCAGAGAGAGGAAAAGGGUUCUGUGAGCCAGUCAACAGAAAGAGAUGAACUAAUGGAGUUUAAGGGGCAACCAAAACCUGGAGUCAAAAGUAACAUCCAAACAGAGCCUGAUGAGCAGCUUCUAUCAGACAGAGCUCAGCCGACUUGGAUGGAACUUGCCAAGAGAAAAUCUCUGGCCUGGAGCGACAAGAACUUAGAGUCUGUGAAUUUUUAAUUAUGUAAAUAGGAUCAAAAUGGACAUGGAUAAUUAACAGAAUAUAUAUAUAUAUAUAUAUAUACACACACACUUUUGUUUUUUUUGUAAAUACAGACUGGAUAAAUAUGCUAGAUAUGCAGAAUUGCCAUGCCUUGUCAAAUCUAUUGAAAACAGAAUCACAUUUUUUUUCAAUACAAAAUUUUAAUAGUCUGGAACAUUAAUCAAACUGGUUUACUCUAUAAUGGAAAACUUUAAGUUCACGUUAAUACAUUAAUAUAUCAUGUUUUAUUUGUAUGCUUUUUCAUAAACAUUCAGUGUUUAUGAAUGUUAUUCAUAAAUGUUCAAUGACCACUUUCGGAAGGUCUCGGUCUCAUCUCAAAAUCGAUCGCAUUUUUACUCGGUCUCAGAUAUAAAGGACUCGGGAUUUUAUUUUAAGACUAGUCAAGACCACAGCUGUGGGGAUUUCACUAAAUUGUCUGUGCAUUUUCUGAUUUAUUUGUUAACAUCUUUAUUGUGAUUGGAUGUAAAAAUUUCCUGUUUCAGCUGCAACCAAUAACAUGACUCAUUGCUAAUUUGAAAAUUUUCCUCCUGUUAACUGCUGUCACCCCUCCCCCAUCCCCCUUCACACACACUGGUCUGGUCCUGGUCUUGACUCGGUUUCGCCCUGCCUUGGUCUUGAUUUGGUCUCAACCCCUCAAAUUCUUGGUCUUGAUACACUUUGGUCUUGGUCAUGACUGGGUCUUGGUUUAGGUGGUCUUGACUACAACACUAACUGACAGUGACAACAGUGUGGGAAAGAAUUCCAGCUAAAGGGAAUUUUAAUUUCCCAAGAUUUAGUUGGCCCUAGUAGUGACAGAAAUUCACUGAGCUGCAACAUGUUGCAAUUCUGGUGCUAAAGUGGAUAAAAGUGCCAACAAGGCAAUUUUGCAUGAGUGUAACAGAACUUCAGGACAUGCAAAUGCACCGAUUAGUGAGCUAAGCUACAUCUACACCUCUGAGUCACGUUUACAAGUUGAUACAUGUUGAUAUUAGGCUGCACAAUCUGUAUUUUAGUACAGGCCACCUGUCUUCCUGAUUAGGGUUUCUGAAAUUAUAAUUAUAUUGGUUGAUCAGUUUUACCAUCCUGCAACAUUGAUCUUUGUUUAGAAUAAAAGCAUGUGAGAUCAA